AGGGGCAGUAGCCUUCCUUUGAGAUAGAAAUUAUUUUUGUUUUCCUCAGCCAGAGCUUGCUAAGCUGGGUAAGGCUGUUCUUCCUCUCUGCUUUGCCAUUUUUAUUCUCACUGGGAAAAGACUGUAGGAGGUUGAAUUAUGUCAUCAAAGCCAUUGCCAUUUUACCAAAGGAGGCAUAAACACUUUGAUCAGUCAUAUCGCAACAUUGAGACAAGAUACUUGCUCCAAGAAUAUUCAGCAAGAAGGGCGGCUUCUAGACAAGCAUCUUAUUUUCAGUCAUCUGCUAGUACAGGAAAAACUACAUGCGUACUCUGUGCGAGGAGGGCACGUACUGCAGAUGAAGAAGAGAGACAAGAAACCAGAAAGAGAGCUCUUGAGCACAGGUCUCAGACAAGUGAGGAGAAACGAACCCGGUUUGCCACUGAGUUAUCUUAUUUGCAAGAUGAGAUUCAUUCUGCCAGGCACCUUGCUAGAGAACAGCUGGAUAGACUUACUAUACAAAGAAUGCUGGAAGAAAGGAUGGCCUUGGAAAGGUAUGCUGUUGAAGAAAGUAUAAGUCGAGCUCCUGAAAUUUUGGUGCGCCUGCGGUCUCACACAGUUUGGGAAAAGAUGUCUGUGAGUCUUUGUUUCACUGUACAAGGAUUUCCUACUCCUGUCGUACAAUGGUAUAAAAACGAGGCAUUGAUUACUCCUGCAAGUGAACCUGGAAAGUACAGAAUUGAAAGCAAAUAUGGAGUGCAUGUGCUGGAGAUAAACAGAGCCAGUUUUGAUGAUACUGCUACCUAUACUGCAGUUGCAACAAAUAUCCAUGGGCAGGCAUCGACAAAUGCUGCUGUGAUUGUGAGAAGGUUCAGAGGGGAAGAAGAGCCACUCCCUGCUGGCAUAUCACCUUUCAAUUUGCCCUUCCCGCUUGAUGUUUGCUUCACUCACAUUGAUGUUCAAUUUUUGGAGAAGUUUGGUGUCACUUUUGGGAUAGAAGGAGAAACUCUUACCCUCAAAUGUUCCACGCUGAUAACUCCUGAGCUGACUAGGCUUCGACCUCGGGCUGAUUGGUACAGAGAUGAUGUCCUAAUAAAAGAAUCCAAGUGGACAAAUCUGUUCUUUGGAGAAGGCCAGGCAGCACUGUCUUUCACCCAUCUGAACAAGGAUGAUGAAGGUUUAUAUACCCUGCGUAUGGUUACAAAAGGAGGGGUGAAUGAACAUAGAGCAUUCCUGUUUGUCAGAGAUGCGGAUGCAUUAAUCAUGGGGGCACCAGGAGCUCCAAUGGAUGUUAAGUGCCAUGAUGCUAACAGAGAUUAUGUCAUUGUUACCUGGAAACCACCAAAUACAGUUGAGGAGAGUUCAGUCUUUGGAUAUUUUGUUGAUAGGUGUGAAGUAGGCACUGAAAACUGGGUGCAGUGCAAUGAUGCUCCAGUCAAAAUCUGCAAAUAUCCUGUAACCGGCUUGCUUGAGGGACGGUCUUACAUGUUCCGUGUGAGAGCCGUGAACAAAGCAGGUAUCAGCAGGCAUUCGAGAGUCUCUGACCCAGUUGCAGCUCUUGAUCCUGUUGACCUGGACAGGUUACAAACUAUUCAUGUGGAUGAAGGCAGACGUAUUAUGAUUUCUCAAGAUGAACUUGAAGGCGAUAUUCAGAUUCCAGGACCUCCUACCAAUGUACAUGCUUCAGAAACCAGCAAAACAUAUGUUGUACUCAGCUGGGAUCCACCUGUUCCCCGUGGCAAAGAGCCACUGAUGUAUUUCAUUGAGAAGUCCAUGGUUGGAAGUGGAAGCUGGCAGAGGGUCAAUGCUCAGGUGGCAGUGAAAUCUCCUCGCUAUGCAGUGUUUGACCUUAUAGAAGGAAAAUCGUAUGUAUUUCGAGUCUUGUCAGCAAACAAACAUGGCAUUAGUGACCCGUCUGAAAUAACACCACCUAUUCAAGCACAGGAUACCAUUGUUGUCCCAUCUGCUCCUGGUCGUGUAGUAGGCACAAGGAAUACAAGAACAUCAGUUGUCGUACAGUGGGAUAAGCCAAAACAUGAAGAAGAUUUAUUUGGCUACUACAUUGACUAUUCUGUGGUGGGAUCGAAUCAUUGGGAAUCUAGUAAUCAUAAACCUAUUAAUUAUAAUAGGUUUGUUGUUCAUGGCCUGGAUACUGGAGAGAAGUACAUCUUCCGUGUGAAAGCUGUGAAUGCCAUUGGAACCAGUGAAAAUUCUCAGGAGUCUGAACCCAUAACAGUACAAGCAGCCCUUAGAGGAAGUAUAUCUCAUAUUGCCUGUCCAUCAUAUCCUUAUGGUAUCACACUUCUUAAUUGUGAUGGUCACUCCAUGACUCUUGGCUGGAAACUACCAAGAUUCAGUGGAGGCUCUCCAGUUCUUGGUUAUUAUAUAGACAAACGUGAGGCUCACCACCGUAACUGGCAUGAAGUCAAUUCCUCUCCUAUUAAAAAAAGGAUUUAUACGGUAGAGGAUCUGACAGAAAAUUCCUUCUAUGAAUUCAAAAUUGCUGCUACAAACAUUGUAGGCAUAGGCCAACCUUCAGAUCCAAGUGAGCACUUUAAAUGUGAAACCUGGACAAUGCCAGAACCUGGUCCUUGCUAUGACCUGACUGUUUGUGAGGUUAGAAACACAUCAUUGGUACUUCUAUGGAAAGCUCCUGUGUACACUGGCAGCAGUUCUAUAACUGGGUAUUUUGUGGAUUAUAAGGAAGUAGAUGUGGAAGAGUGGAGCACAGCUAAUGAAAAAACAACUUCACAUCAUUACUUGAAGGUUGGUGAUUUACACGAGGGUAAAACCUAUGUUUUCAAAGUCCGUGCAGUGAAUGAAGCUGGUAUAGGCAAGUCAUCUGAAGUUUCUGAACCAGUGUUGAUGGAGACCAGAGCAGGAACGAAGGAAAUCUUUUCUGGUGUAGAUGAAGAAGGUAAUAUUUACCUAGCUUUUGACUGCAAAGAAGCUACAGAUGCAUCUGAGUUUACAUGGUGCAAAUCCUAUGAAGAGAUUGAUGAUACUGAUAAGUUUAAUAUUGAAACAUCUGGAGACCAUUCUAAGAUGUACUUUAAAAAUCCUGAUAAAUCAGAUUUGGGAACCUAUUCCAUAGCUGUUACUGACACAGAUGGUGCCUCAUCCAGUUUUGUUAUGGAUGAAGAAGAGUUUGAACGUCUAUUAGCAUUAAGCCAUGAAAUAAAGAAUCCAACAAUUCCUCUGAAAACAGAGUUGGCUUAUGAGCUUUUUGAUAAAGGAGAGGUUCGUUUCUGGCUUCAGGCUGAGCACUUGUCCCCGGAUGCAACCUUCAGAUUUGUUAUUAAUGAUCAAGAAGUUGAAAACAGUGAUAGGCACAAAAUUAGUUGUGACCGUUCAACUGGCAUUAUUGAUAUGGUGAUGGAUCGAUUUACAAUUGAAAAUGAAGGUACCUAUACUGUACAGAUCCAAGAUGGAAAAGCCAAAAACCAGUCUUCAUUAGUGCUUAUUGGAGAUGCAUUCAAGGCUGUAUUGGCUGAGGCUGAGUUCCAGAGAAAGGAAUAUCUCAGGAAACAAGGUCCUCAUUUUCAUGAAUACUUGUCCUGGGAAGUUACUGAAGAAUGUGAAGUUUUACUUAUUUGUAAGGUUGCAAAUACAAAGAAGGAAACCGUUUUCAAAUGGUACAAAGAUGGUUCUGGGGUUGAUGUCGAAAAGCUGCCUGACUUACAGAAAGAAGUGUGCCACCUAACUAUUCCAAGGCUGACCAACAAGGAUCAAGGUAUAUAUAAGGCAACAUUAUCAGACGACAGAGGUCAUGAUGUGUCUACUCUUGAUGUAUCAGGAAAAGUGUAUGAUGAUAUAAUUCUGGCGCUGAGCAGAGUCAGUGGUAAAUCUGCUUCUCCACUGAAGAUCCAUUGUACUCCAGAAGGAAUAAGACUCCAGUGUUCCCUGAAGUACUACAUGGAGGAAAUGAAAGUUAACUGGUAUCAGAGGGAAGCUAAGAUUUCUUCUAGUGAAAAGAUGAGGAUUGGAGGUAGUGAAGAGGUUGCCUGGAUGCAGAUAUGUGAACCUACUGAAAAGGAUAAAGGGAAAUACACCUUUGAAAUCUUCGAUGGCAAAGAAUCCCAUAAGCGCAUACUUGAUCUAUCUGGACAAGCUUUUGAUGAUGCAUAUUCAGAAUUCCAGAGACUCAAGGCAGCUGCUUUUGCCGAGAAGAAUCGUGGUAAAGUUAUAGGAGGCUUGCCUGAUGUGGUGACUAUAAUGGAAAAGAAGACUCUGAAUCUAACCUGCUCUGUGUUUGGAAAUCCUGAUCCUGAAGUGGUCUGGUUUAAGAAUGACAAGCAACUUGAACUUAAUGACCAUUUAGUAGUUUCACUGGAGCAAGGAAAGUUUGCCAGCUUCACGAUCAAGGGAGUGUCCUCAGAGGAUUCAGGCAAAUAUAGCAUCCAUGUCAAGAAUAAAUAUGGUGGAGAAACAGUAGAUGUCACUAUAAUUGUUACAGACAAACUAGCAGAAAUUAAUCUAGUGAGAAAGCGGACAGCUACAUCUUCACCUGGGGACACCGUCAAGUAGAUGUUCUGAGAUAACACCAUUAUGAAGAUGGUAGAAAUGGCUGUUACAGGACCUUCAUUUGAUCAACUUAAAUUCAUUGCAGCUGAGAAAAGAUCACAUUUUGAUUCUAUUCUAUCUGUCAGAAUGUUGGCCAAAGUUGUCCUAGUCACCAAACCUAUGUUUUUUAGAAGUUACAUUAGAACAGUGGAUUAGGCAGAAAUUGAGUCAUAGGAUCACGGACUGGAAGGGACCUCCAGAAGUCAUCUAGUCCAACCCCCUACCUGAGGCAGGAUCAUCCCUUUCCAAACUAUUGUGUGAUAAUUAUUUGUUUUACUUGGGUGAUGCUAUUGUUGGACAUUUGUGUGUGAGCUAUACACGCUUCUGAGAAUGUUUCACAUUUUACAAGUCAAGGAUGUAUAAAAGGCCUCUGCUAUAGCAUAACUUUGUUGCCUGCCAAGCCAUGUUGCUGACUACUUCCUGAACUUUUUUAAACAUUAUCAGAACAUCUCAUUUCUAUUCUGCUUUAGGGUUAUGCUAAGUUACCAAUUUAAUACAGUUGCCGUGAUGUUGACAGUUUUAAUUUGUUCCACUUGAUAUGCUAGUAGGCCUAUUGUCUGUGCAAAGUAGAUGUUCAGAUUCUGAAACAGACAGAUUCUAUAUUUGCUGAAUGCAGUGCCAUUUGUACUCAUAUUGCAGCUUCAGACAUUUCCUUGGGGCAAGUCUAAUUGAAGUUGCUUGAUUUCUGUUACCAGUAGCAAGCUUUUCAAACACUGCUUCAAUUCAUCUCUAACACACUAAGCUCUGGCUGCAUUAGCAGAUUCACUCAGGUGUAACAUUUUCCCCAGGUCUGUUUACCUGACUGCCUCGUUUUCUUCUGUCUCCCAGCUAACUUAAAUGCUGUCUCCUGAGCCAAUGCACAAAUCAAGGGCCAGGCAGCCAUGCCCUUACAGUGAGUGUCAACCUUACCCCACAGGUAGUCCUAAUGACUUCACUCAGAUUCUUGGUGUACAGGAAGGUGUUCAUCAGUGUAUGCAAGGGACUAAAGUUGGGCCCUUAAUCAUACAGCACUCACUUCAAGGGCUAAUAUUUCAAAAGUUCAUAGGCAGGAUAUUUUUAUCUGAGCACUGUGCAGAAACUGAACAUGUAUUUUUCCUGGGGGAGGAGGGGAAUGGCUUAAUUUGUCCAUUUCAAUAAUUAUGCAUUGGGCUAUGAUGAAGAGAGUAAUAUAUGCUUAUGUCCAAUUGCAUUACCUUUAAUGGAACUGUUAACAGAAAGUGAAGGGUGCAGCAGGAAAUUUCCAAAGGAAUAUAUACUCCAGAUUAUAAAAAAGAUCUAGCUAUAAUAAGCACUGCAUCUGAUUCUAGAAAAAAGAAUUGCAUCUGAUGGAUUACUGCAGGGGUUUACCCACUUUUUUGGUCUGGCAAGGUGGCAAGGACUUUUAAUGCAGGUAUCUUUGAGAUCUCAAACAAUUCAAAACAAUAAACAGACCAACCAGCUACUAUUACA